CGGCCUCGGGAAGGAGGUUUCCCCUCCUCAGGUUGUGAGGAAAAGCGGCCUGGGCGCUACUCUUCUCUGCCUUCUGAGUCUACCAAAGCCAUUGGUGAGAGAAAGGUCUCUGGUUCUCCAUAAAGAGAAAAGGAAAAACAUCUGUCAGUUUGGUAACGUCUCUGGGAGGUGCUGUUACUGUUCCAAAAGGCUAUUGGGACUGUAAGAUUUCCUGCAGGUUCUGACAUCUCAGCAUAACAUCCUGGUCACUUGGAGUGACAUCCAUGGUACAGCCAUCAGUGGUCUUCAGCUUUCAUCAAGAUCUCAACUGGAUAAAGUCUUGAGCAGCUUGAUCUGAAGUUGGUCCUUGAUCUGGAAGUUGAAACAGAUAACCUCUGAACAGAGCGGUGUAUUUGACAUGGUCUGAGAGUUUUUCUGAAGACAGAGGAACAACUGUUCUGUCAAGGUCAGACUCCUAGGACAGCUUCUUCUGCAGUGCUCGUUUUUGCCUCGGUGUGUUGAAAAUGGCGGGUGUAAGCAGGUGCAUGAAGUACUCCAUGUUCAUCUUCAACUUCUUCUUUUGGGUGUGUGGUGUUUUGAUUUUGGGAAUCUCUGUAUGGAUACGUGUCAGCGAAGCUGCUCAGGAGGAGGUUGAUAUAGACCACAGCCUGUUUCUAGGGGCUGAUCUGCUGAUAGCCGUGGGUGCCAUCAUUAUGGUCCUUGGUUUUCUGGGGUGCUGUGGUGCCAUAAAGGAGAGCCGGUGCAUGCUGCUGCUGUUUUUUAUUGGGCUGCUUCUGAUCCUGUUACUUCAGGUCACAGGAGGUAUUUUAGGAGCAAUGUACAAACCUCAGGUUGAAACAUCGCUUAACAAGACUCUCCUGCAGACUGUGCAUUUAUUGCAAAACUCUACAAAAGAAGCUGAAGCAUUUCAAGAGAAGUUCCAUGAGUUUGAAAAAAGGCACAAGUGCUGUGGUGUGCUGAUUGGACCUGCAGACUGGGGACAAAAUUUUAAUAAGCCUGUUGGUAACAGCAAAGCCUGUGCGUGUGAAAUAGAGAAUCCACCUGCAGACCUCUGCAUCACGAAUGUAGACAGAUCCAUUUAUAAAAUGCCUUGCAGAGAAGUGGUUAUGGAAUACAUUAACGGCCAUCUGCUCAUAAUUAUCGGGAUUGCCUUUGGACUAGUCAUUAUUGAGAUUCUUGGUUUGGGGUUUUCUAUGAGCCUCUUCUGCCAGAUCAAGAGAAAAUGAAACUGUGGAAGUGUCAAAACGAUGUCACCAGCCAAAUCAAAACCUUUGUAGAUAGAGGGAUAUUUGGCUUGGCACAUUCAGAUAAAUAUAUGCUUGUCCCAGGCAGCUGUUCUGAUGAAAACGGCAGCAAAACAGUUCUCAAAGCGACCUCCUUAUUCUUUGUCAGUCUUAAUGACGUGAAUGUGAAUUUUUAUUUGCCAUAAAUGUCUUCGUUUA